AUGUUGAAGGAAGGGUUAUUUCUGGAGUUGGAAAAGUCGAUCGACUCGGAUGCAGUCUAUGUGAAAGUGCUGGCACCUUUCUGGAGACUCGCAGAGGAGGCACAGACAACCAACUGCAAGGCCGAACUCGCCAGUUCGAUCUUGCCUUCGAUCCCAUACAUUUCAAGGAUCUUUCCAUCUAUCUCGCGACUGUUCCCUUGCUUGAAUCAACCUGGACUGGAGCAGCGGAGAGAGGCUGUGUUGUUCAAGACAGCCCGUCUCACCGAUUUCCAUCUUGCAGAGCCAGGUAGGAGAUGGUCCGAUGUCGUGCGACAUGCUGGCGCAAUCCGGAAAGACGGGACUCAUGGUGGAUCUCACUCUGGCACCGACAGCCGACCAGGCUUUUUCCAGACCAGUCGUCGAGGUUACUUGGUGAACAGUAUUAUGAUGAGAACAGAGUCCAGAAACCACCCCUAUGGUCGCAAGAUGGGUCUACGAUCCGCUCUGAGGCGUGGUGCAUACCAAAAACUAUUCGCACUGCAUGAUGGACCAUUCAAGUCGCAGUCAAAGUCGAUGAGCGAGGCAAACUACAGAGCACAGCUUCGAGUCAAAUGGGCGCGACGAUUUUGGAGGAGCCAACCGUUGGACCUCGUUAACGCAUAUUAUGGCGAGCGGAUUGGCGUCUAUUUUGCCUGGCUGGGCCACUAUACUAAGUGGUUGACUCUGCCAGCUGUUGUAGGAAUGGCAGUGUUCGUCUUUGGUGUCAUCAACGCCGCACGCCUCAACAAGCUAGAUGCAACACCUAAUGCCCUGUUCGCGAUCUUUGACAACGUGCUCACCAUGCCGUUUGCACUCUUCAUGUCAAUGUGGUCAACAGUCUACAUCGAAUUUUGGAAGCGCGCCAACCAGUACUAUGCCUUUCGCUGGAACAUGAUCGACUACGAGAGAGUUGAGCUUCCCAGAACGGAGUUUCGAGCUACCAUGGUCCGGUUUUCGCCCGUGACAGGGAAACGCGAGUUGUACUAUCCUGUCUACUGGAAGGCGCUACGUCUCAUUGCCAGUUCUGUCGCCGUCAUCAUUGCCGUGUUGGUUGUUAUCGGAUCGGUUGCUUGUCUGAUGGUAUUCAAGUCAUGGUGCAGACACCAUCUUGGCGGCCCCUAUGCGACGAUUGUAGCUACUGCUAUGCUCAAUUUGAUUAUCAUUAUUAUUCUUGGAGAGAUAUGGUGUCGUCUGGCGGAAUGGUUGACCGAUAAGGAGAACCACAAAUACACCGAUGCCUAUGAAGAUUCUCUCAUCAUCAAACGAUAUCUAUUUGACUUUGCAAACAUGUACGCCACUCUGUUCUACUACGCAUUCUUCAAAGCUCCAUUUGGUGGCAAGUUGCUGCACAGGCCUGAUCUGAGGGACACAUGCCUUUACGACUCGUGCAUCACUGAACUCACCGUCCAGCUUGCAGUCGUGUUCAUCGGAAAACAGUUCCUCAACGGCCUCUUCGAGAUGGUCUUCCCGUGGAUCAAGAAGACGUGGAACAGGAAAAAAAUUCUUGCGGAGCAAGCGUUGAAGAGACAAGAGUUCCUCAAGACGCGGAAACAGAACAGGACGCCACAAUGGGUCAAGGAUGAUGAACUCCCCAGCUAUGACGGUCGCAUUCUGAAAUGCUAUCGGAAAACAGGAAUGUGGGAGAAAAUCAUGGAGUUCGUGUCAUUCACAUCGGUCAUCACAAAUGCAGCUAUUAUUGCCUUUAGUUCCCUCUGGAUCAAACAGAACCUCUUCAUCAAGUACCUCCACGCGACCAAGGAUGAAGAGCUCCUCGCCGCCCAGCUAGGGUUCAUCCUAGUUUUUGAACAUGUAGUGUUCUUGUUCAAGAUUAUCAUCCGUGCUGCGAUCCCCAAUGUGCCCUUGACGAUUAAGUUGGCGGUCCAGCGGUCAAAGUAUAUGAGCCGUGUUGCGAAUGAGGGACUAGACUCGGAAAUGGAUGAGGAUUAUGAGGACGAUGACUUGGAUAGUCUGAGUCAGUCGGAUGAGACGGAUUAUCAGCUGUCAGACGACGACGAUGACGAUGAUGACGAUGAUGAGACGGGUAUCGGAUCGGAUGCACCUGGAGUCGGGGACGAAAUUGAUAGCGGUCAAGCUGAUAAGGCGGGCGCCAGGAAGAGUAGUCGUCCUGUACUGAGUAUGGCCCGUUCGUGGAGCAGCCGCGUGCUGCAUUUUAGAGGGUCAUCGUCGAAGAAGAAGAAGAGCAAGUGGAAGGAACCGAAGGGAGUUAAGGAUGCAGGGUUGAGAGGCAAGGACAGUGCAGCAACACUCUCGGCGGCCAUGGCAGGAGCGUUACCCAAGAUCCAUGAAAUCCCGCCGAGUAUUCGAUCAGGGAGAGUCGCAGAGACGAAUGGAAAAGGAACUAGACUUGGUGCGGAGAGAUGGAGACGGCCAGAGGAUUUCAAUGAGAGAGCGCCUGAAGGAUAUGGGGUUGGUGUCAUGCCUCAACAGCAACAGGCACUGAUACAGCAUCAGCCGCCACUGGCACAGUCACCUGUUGUUGGAGUUGACCGUCCUUUACACCCAAGUCAGUCUCUGCGCAGUCAGCGACGACCGCCUAUACCUCAGCGCGUCAACACGGAGAUGGACGGCGAAUGGGUCGUACUAGAGGAGAAAGGAAUGUAG